UUUAAAAUAAAUAUAUUUAAAUAUUUCUAAAUCACAUUAGACAGGUUUAGUAUGAAACAAGGGCAUUAAGUACUUGUUUACCUUUUAUUACAAUCUUGAAUAUCAAUAUUCUAUUUUUAUUAUUUAUAUUAUAACUGAAUUAACAGUCAAAAUGGACCCUUUAAGAGACCCAACAUCCUUACAAGAUUGUGUAAGUAAUCCUGCAAAACGUGUAACACCAAACGUACCAACACCUGUUUGGGACAAUGUCGAAAGCCGGACAGCUUUAGUUGAAAAUGACAUAUUUUCACCACCACCGGUGCCCUCAAAUCAACCAUCCGUUAUAUCCAAUAGCUCCAUGAAUGUGGCUCGCACUCCACAACACAGACCUGCAAGUGUCCAUAGUGAUAAUAGUGCGUCAUCUAUACAAUUGCCAACACCCCAGCCUCAGUCACGGAUUACUGGAGAUGUGGUGCUCACUCCGACUCAUAGUUCCUUCACACCUCAAGCCAACCCUCAUAGCUCAAUGACUGCUUUAACUCCAAUGCCAAGUGGCACGAGUCAAGCUAAAAACAGUAUAAAAAUACAGAAUUGUGUAUCUACUGUUAGUCUUGGCUGUGAAUUGAAGUUAUUGGACAUAUACUGUAGAACAAGGUUCUCAGAAUACAACCCUGCGAGAUUCCAAGGUGUUGUCAUGAAAAUAUUGGAGCCAAGAGCUACUGCACUAGUGUUCAGGUCUGGUAAAAUUGUAUGCACAGGAGCAAGAAAUGAACAUGAUUCAUACUUAGCAGCUAGAAAAUUUGCAAGGAUUAUUCAAAAGCUUGGAUUUCCUGCAAAAUUCCUGGAUUUUAAAAUACAAAAUUUCAUAGCAACGGGGGACUUGAGGUUCCCAGUGAGAUUAGAAGCUUUACAACAAGCACACGGACAGUUCACGUCAUAUGAGCCAGAGCUCUUCCCCGGACUUGUCUACCGGAUGGUGCGGCCGAGAGUUGUCCUGUUAAUAUUUGUUAAUGGAAAAAUUGUGUUCACGGGAGGAAAGACGAGGAAUGAAAUCCAUGAAGCCCUGGAUAUUAUUUAUCCAAUAUUAAGAAGUUAUAGAAAAAAUUAAGACUAUUAAUAUUAAGGUUAAUAAUGUAUUGUUUUAAUAAUGAGGUGCCGAUUAUUCGGUUUAUUAUUUAUUGUAAAUUUAUAAUAAAAUUAUGAAACAUGGGUGA